GCGGGUGGAGCUCUGCCCUGGCCCAGGCAUAAGAACCUGGUGUGUGCGCCCAGCCCACCCAAGCACCGGUCUCCGCACCGCCGUCGCCUUGCUGCUGUACGCACGCGCCCCGCGGUCCCUGCUCCCCUCAGAGUCCUGGCAUCACACGACCUCCGCCGCAGGAAGCACCGCCCGCGCUGCCCGCACCAUGCCCCGCAUAGAUGCGGACCUCAAGCUGGACUUCAAGGAUGUCCUGCUGCGACCCAAGCGGAGCAGCCUCAAGAGCCGAGCCGAGGUGGAUCUUGAGAGAACCUUUACAUUUCGAAACUCAAAGCAGACCUACUCAGGGGUUCCCAUCAUUGUAGCCAACAUGGACACUGUGGGGACGUUUGAGAUGGCGGUCGUGAUGUCACAGCACUCCAUGUUCACAGCGGUUCACAAGCAUUACUCCCUGGACGACUGGAAGCGCUUUGCUGAAAACCACCCUGAGUGCCUACAGCAUGUAGCUGUGAGUUCUGGCAGUGGAGAGAACGAUCUGGAAAAGAUGAGUCACAUUUUGGAAGCUGUGCCGCAGGUGAAGUUCAUCUGCCUGGAUGUGGCCAACGGGUAUUCAGAACAUUUCGUGGAAUUCGUGAAACUGGUCCGGGCCAAGUUUCCUGAGCACACGAUUAUGGCAGGGAACGUGGUAACCGGGGAGAUGGUGGAAGAGCUCAUUCUUUCUGGAGCAGACAUAAUCAAAGUGGGAGUUGGACCAGGUUCCGUGUGCACGACCCGCACCAAGACAGGGGUGGGCUACCCCCAGCUGAGUGCUGUGAUUGAGUGCGCAGACUCUGCCCAUGGCCUCAAGGGACACAUCAUCUCCGAUGGAGGCUGCACAUGUCCAGGAGAUGUCGCCAAAGCCUUUGGCGCAGGUGCGGACUUUGUCAUGCUGGGAGGCAUGUUCUCGGGCCACACUGAGUGUGCAGGAGAGGUGAUCGAGAGGAAUGGGCAGAAGUUGAAACUUUUCUAUGGCAUGAGCUCCGACACAGCCAUGAAGAAGCACGCAGGAGGUGUCGCCGAGUACAGAGCCUCUGAAGGCAAGACGGUGGAAGUGCCUUACAAAGGAGAUGUAGAAAACACAAUUCUGGAUAUCCUCGGGGGACUGCGGUCUACCUGUACCUACGUGGGGGCUGCCAAGCUCAAAGAGCUCAGCCGGAGGGCGACAUUCAUCCGGGUGACCCAGCAGCACAACACGGUGUUUGGUUAACCUCGGGGAUGCAGGGACAUUGGACCAAGCAGAAGCCUCCUCAUUUGACACUUCUCUGAUCCCUUCUGGGGUAUCCACCAGACUGGCUGUUCUGUGUGGUUGAGCCACUGCUGACACUCUGCUGAGUCCUUUGUCUUGUUCCUGCACCUGGAGGCCUUGGGGCUUGUCCUAGGUGCCUGCAUGGGGCCCAGCAGCAGGUGCUCAUGGGGCCAAUUGGUCAGCACCUAGAACUUAGGGCCUCAUUGUUUAAACCAACCCUUGUACCCUCUUUCUUUUUCUUCCUUCUUUCUUUUUAAACACAAUGGUUUCACUUUUAAUAUAAUGCUAUAAUCUUGAUCUACUACUGCUGGAGUUUGUGUGUUCAAGAGCCUAGUUGUAUAGGAUCACUAGAAAGUCUUCCCGUCAGGUGAGUGGCCCUCAGCUUUUAGCACAAGGACCUGGGCUGGGGAGGUGUACGUGUGAGACCAACCUAGAACCUGAGUAAUUUAUGCCCUAUCUAUCACUGCAGCUUUUGUUUCAGGAAAGAACACAAGCAUUGGACAGGGUGGGUGAACAUGGAGAAUUGGGCCCUGGCUCCCAUGGCUCUGGUGCUUUCUGUGAAGUCCUUUCUUCCUACCUACCCAACUAGUCUUGUCCUGGGUAUGUGUAUGUGUGUUUUUAC